AUGAUGAAGAAAGAAGCUCUUCUUCUUAUCCCCAAUGUCCUGAAGGUUUUCUUAGAAAAUGGGCAGAUCAAGUCAUUCACAUUUGACGGCCGGACCACUGUUAAGGAUGUCAUGGUGACACUCCAGGAUCGACUAUCCUUGAGGUACAUUGAGCACUUUGCUCUUGUCCUUGAGUAUGCUGGGCCAGAACAGAAUCACAAGUUCCUACUUCUCCAGGACAAGCAGCCCCUGGCUUAUGUGGUACAGCGGACACAUUAUCAAGGGAUGAAAUGCCUCUUCAGAAUAAGCUUCUUUCCCAAAGACCCUGUGGAGCUGCUGCGUCGGGAUCCUGCUGCUUUUGAGUAUCUGUACAUCCAGAGUCGGAAUGAUGUUAUCCGAGAACGCUUUGGAAUGGACCCUAAGCCGGAGAUGCUCUUGGGCCUUGCUGCCCUUCACAUCUAUAUCACGGUCUCAGCCACUCGACCUAGUCAGAAGAUCUCCCUCAAGAAUGUGGAGAAGGAGUGGGGCCUAGAACCCUUUCUUCCCCCCACCCUCCUGCAAGGCAUCAAAGAGAAAAACCUCCGGAAAUCGCUCUCUCAGCAACUGAAGGCUCACCAAACACAUCCUUCCAGUGGCACCAAGGGCUCUGCAGUCCAGGCAAAGCUCCAGUAUCUUCGAAUCCUGAAUGAGCUUCCGACCUUCACGGGCGUUUUGUUCAACACUGUGGGUCUGGAUGAGAAGCAGUCGGCCACUACUCUUCUGGUGGGACCUCGACACGGCAUUAGCCAUGUUAUUGACCUCAAAACCAACCUCACCACUGUGUUGUCCGAGUUCAGCAAGAUCAGUAAGAUCCAACUGUUCCGGGAGAACCAGGGCGUGGCCCGUGUGGAGACCAGCAUCAUGGAUGCCAAGCCGCUGGUGCUGUUGAUGGAGUGGCCAGAAGCCACCAACUUUGCCUGCCUGAUUGCAGGGUACUGCCGCCUCCUGCUGGAUUCCAGGAAGAUGGUCUUCUCCAGGCCUGCUAGCCAGCCCGUUCCACCUCCAAUGAUCAAGGCAGAUUACAUGCACAGCGCCCACCGCCCUGUCACUGGGGGCCACCUGGGGAAAAAGGAGAGUAGUUAUGUGGGCAGCGUGGGCACCAGCCCCAGGAAGUCGAGCCACUGCACGCCCCCGCCUGCCGACUCUGAGCUUGUCAGCUUCUGCUACCUCCACAUGCGAGACCAAAGAAAGGAGCAGGAAAGCCGGACGGAUGUCAAUGAGAACCUAAUCUUCUUUGAGGAGACCAGGCCGCGGACCAAGUCGGACCCCACAUCCAAAACCUCUGGCCAAGGCUAUGAUGUGGUCCCUGAUGACUUUGAUGCAGCCAGCCUAGACCAUGAGCCUUGUGCUAGCAGGGCCCGCUCCUAUACCUUGGACAAUUCCCUUGGGGCUGAAGCCCUAAAUUUCUACUGUGACUCUUGCAAAACCAAACUUAAGGAGCAGCUGGGCCCUCGCAAAGGCGGAAGGCCUGGCUCUUCCCGUGACAAUAUGGUAGACUUGAUGUCCCUCCCACCCCCAGGGAGUGAGGAAGAGGAGGAGGAGGAAGAUGAGAGCACUUCUCUGUUGCCUGCCAUUGCCGCCCCACCCCCUGGUUUCCGAGACAACAGUUCGGAUGAGGAUGACCCCAAGCGCCGGGCUGUCCAGAACCAGGAACCAGGACGCCACCUGCGUGGGCUCCUGUACGAUGAUAUCCCAGUGACGCUGAUUGACAGUGUGCAGACCCGGACAGUCCGAGAUCAUGCCCAGGAGCUAGAUGAUGCCUUGGUGUCCACUCUGCAGGCUCUGGAAGCCCUGGCUGCUUCAGAAGAUGGACCCCACCCCCCACCCCCGCAGACGGCAGGUCUGAUCGUGCUGGCCACAAUCACCCCAGAAUCGUCACUGGACUCGGGCCACGAAACCAACUCCUCAGAGCUCACAGACAUGUCAGAGAUGAUGUCAGCCAUGAAGCAGCACCAGAAUGCCACCUACUUCCUGGCCCAGCAUCUCAACAAGGACAGUCUCCUGUCCCGCAAGGACCUGCCCUUCCGGAUCCAGAGCUGUGCGGCCCAGGCUGUCCUCACAGCCCCUUAUUCUCUUGGGCGCCCGGAUCCCAACGCACCCUUCCCACCAUCUGCCACAAGCCAGAGUCCGGGGCCUCCUGGUGCUCGGCGGAAGCUACCCCAGUCAGAGGCCCAGCCACAGGGCGAGCGAACGUAUGCCCUGGCCGUGCACCCAGCACUCUCCCCCCGGCGAAGUGAGCAGCAGAAUCUGAGCCUGCUGCCUCCAGUUCCAGAGGACAAAGGGCCCGGUCAUAUCAGGGCCGGCUUAGAGAUGUCACUGAGGGCAGCCACCCCGUCCCUCAGUGAAGAGCAGGUCUCUGAGCUGAGGGAGAACCUUCCCAAGGAGGUCAGGCUAAGCCCCAAUCUUAUCUUGGACACCAAGGGCAGUGUGACCCCAGCCAUCAUCUCUGCCGCCCUACAACAGGUGGUUCACAGUAAAAGUCUUGCCACCCCCAGCGGAGCCUUGGGGAACACCCCCAGCCGGGGGGAGAAGAGGCUGGAGGCUGGUGUGGGGAGGCCAGAGGUCAACAUGGCAAGCAGCAGUGCCAGUAAGAAUCUGAAGUUCAAGAUCAGCCCUGGUGAUGCAGAGAGUGCGCUCAGUUCCCAACAGCAGAGCGGCUCUUCCAGCCCCAGAGCAAUUGUAGGCAGCCGGGCCGAAAGCCUGCAGCUCACCCCACAAGACGACAGGCUGCCAGCUCCAAGUUUCCCUCCCAAGAGCUAUCUGUCCAGAGCCAGUCGAGAACCAGUGGGCAAGCAAGCUUCGGGGGAGGGGGCAGGCAAAACUGGGCCUGAGGGUAGUAAGCCAGCCUUGCCCAAGCAAGGCAUGGUCUCAAGCCAGGGGGACAAGGGGCAGCUGGAGAAUACACUCAAAAGCAGCAAAGUGGAGGAGACCACCUUGAUCCCUCGAGCUGGCUACCCCAUGGUGCUGCAGAGCCCCAGCGCCCAGCCCCGAGGCCAGAGCCCCAGAGGCUACAGCCCCAGCAUCCAGCCACGAGGCCACAGCCCCAGCGUCCAGCCACGAGACCACAGCCCCAUUAUCCAGCCACGAGGCCACAGCCCCAUUGUCCAGUCACGAGGUCACAGCCCCAGUAUCCAGCCACGAGGUCACAGCCCCAGUAUCCAGCCACGAGGCCACAGCCCCAGCUGCCAGCCCCGAGGCCACAGCCCCAGCUGCCAGCCCCGAGGCCACAGCCCCAGCAGCCAGCCCCAAGGCCACAGCCCACUGAGGCCUCAGGAUGACAGCCGACAGGUGAGCACCAUGCCCUCGCGGAAACUUGAAAAAACACUAGAUGGAGCCCCCUCUGCCUCUGAAGGCCCUGCCAAGCCCAAGUCCUCCCGGGGGCCUUUCCGGCUCCGAAAUUUAUUUUCUGCCACCUUCCCAACCCGCCAAAAGAAGGAGACAGACGAGCGGCAGGCCCAGCUGCUGAAAGUGAAGCAGUAUGAGCUGGAGUUCCUGGAGGAACUUCUCAAGCCCCCCAGCCAGGGGGAGCUACCGGGCACCGAGUACCUGCAACCUCCGGCACCCGGCCGCUGCAGCUGCCAGCUGCGGAGCAGCCCUGUACAGCAGGGUCCUGGCAUGUCUAGAGAGCAGAGGCGCAGUUGUGACUGCAAGCGUAUCUGCCGUGGUGGCCGACCUCAGGCCACCCAAACCCCAGUGCCCAGCCUCCAGGGUAGGGAGAGGGAGAGGGUCCCCACCCCCCCUACUCAGAGGCAGCCAGAGGCUGGCCCAGGCUUGAGUCUCAGCAGCCCAACCAACAUGGGGCGCAUCCGCUCCACCAGCCUGGAGUCCCGAGAGUGCCGCUCAGACCCCGAGAGUGGCGUUUCCUGCCUGACCACGUGUGCCUCUGGGGGCGAGUGUCUGGGCGCGCCCAACUACAGGAAACUGAUGCGCUGUGCCAGUAUUAGUGAGCUGGACCAGGGCGACCGGGCCUCGCUGACCUCAGAUGUUUACCCGAACCCACCCCUGGGCAUGCUGCCCCGGGAGGUCAAGGAGGUAGAGGCAGGCCUCCCCCUAGCCUUGGGUCCCCAAAGCAAGCCACUGGAAUCACCAACUCUGGGAGAACCCUCCUAUGUCCAGGUGGCCCCUGCGACCAAAGGCCCCCGGCAGAUGGCCGUGUUCUCCCUGCCAGAAGAGGUGUGCCGCAAGCCUGCUGAGCUGGACGAGGACAGCGAGAGCAAGUGCUGCUCCAUCCGCUACUGCUUCUACUACCGCAAGUGCGACGCGGCCGACGAUGCCAGCGAUGGCAAGGAUGAGCUCUCCUACUCCAUCCCCAUGAAGAUCCUGCCCGGCAUGAAGCUCGAUGAGCAAAUGGUGCCCGUGGUAAGCAGGACCCUGCAGGUGCUAGAUGCAGCCACCUGCAGCAGCAGUAGUCCCGAGGGCACCCACACCCAGGAGAUUGACCUGAGGGUAUCCACCUUUGAAGGGAGCCUGGCCAAGAUCAAUGCCCUGCGGGCCCAUGCCUAUGGGCUGCCCGAUGGCUUCCGGGCUGCCCGGCUAGACACCAAUGAGCUGCUGACAGUCCUGAGGCAGUGUGUGGCCAGCCCUGAGGCCCGUGCCCCCAAGCCCUAUGUCUCCCAGAUCUCAGAGUACAAGCUUGAGCUGGCGCUCAAGUUCAAGGAGCUCCGGGCCUCCUGCCGCCGGGUCGCCAAUGUGGACAAGAGCCCCACUCACAUGCUAGCAGCCAUCACAGGCAGCUUCCAGGUGCUGAGCAGCCUCAUCGAGACCUUCGUACGGCUCGUGUUCAUCGUGCGCUCUGAGGCCCAGCGCCAAGAGCUGCUAGCCAAGGUAGAAGAAGUAGUGAGGAACUACACCUUCCUGCUGCGUGCCGCAGAGGAGUCUACAGCCAGGAACCUUAACCAGCAGCAGCAGCCCCAGCAGCUGCAGCUGCAGCAGCAGGAGCCGCAGCCGCAGCAGAAGCAGCAACAACAGCAACAGGCAGCAGGAGUGGCAUUAGGGUCUGCCACAGGGCACCCACCAGGCUCCCCAACCUCAGCGACUGUUAUGAGCACAUUCACCCGCUCCUUAAAAACCCUUAUCAAAUAGGGCAUCUGCCCAGGCCCCUCCCCCAACCAUGGCCCCAGGUUCUGAACUUCCUGGUCCUUGCAUCUAGUGGUGAUGUGUGUGUGUGUGUGUGUGUGUGUGUGUCCACUGGGCCUCUCAGGGUCCAAGAGCCCUUCAGUCACCAAGGAGUGCCAACUCCCUUGGCUGAGGUGAGCCCCGAGGGCUCCAAGCAGCUGCUGCCCUGGGUGCCCUAACCCCUUCCCCUGGCCUCUGGGUGUCACUGUGAGGGCAAAGGCGCCCUCGUCGCCAUGCCCACCGGCAGCGCUGUUUUUCCUCUCUUCCCCGGGGGUGAGAGGUGACAUCAGGCUCACUUCCUGCUCCACCCUAAGGACCAGGGGAGGCAGAGCCAGAAGCUGCCUGACCCGCCCGCCCCGAGGGCCUGGCGCUCCUCCUGACAUCUGCUCUCCAGUGGAGCGCAGGGCCAGUAGCAGUAGGCCAGGACCACUGGGCAGAGGGGAGAGGGCGCGCCACCUAGAUGUGCCCGCCCACCCUGGGCUCACCCUCAUCUGGCAGGAGCCACUGCAGAGGGCCUGAGCCCAGGCCCGGGCCCGGGUGGCAUGUCUGCUGAAAACAGCUGCACAGGGCUGUCCACAGCCGGCCUCACUGCCGGCAGCCUCGGUAUCCCUCGGCCCCAGGUUCAGUAGCUCCACACCAGCCAUCCCCAAAGUGCCCUGCCCCUCACUGAGGACGGACAGGGCAGCUCCGUCCGCUAGGGAGUAAGCAGCUGGGAUCAGCCCAGUCAGUCUAGUUUAGGUAAAAACCGCCUGCCAGGGGAAGACCCACCGCAGGCCCUGGGGCCCGCACAGUCCAACCUUGGCAGCUCCUCUUAAAAUCCCUCUACUAGACAGACUGUCCUUAGGAAUUUGA